ACCCUGUGUAUUUUUUAUCUUUGCUGUAAGCGAUAAUUUUUCUGAGACUCCCCAAAUGGAGAAAUGACCAGGAAAAAAAUCUGUAUUUACGGCUUUGACGACGUAAAAAGGGUAUAUAUCAGCAAGUGAAAAGUGGGUAAUCAUGUCAGCCCAUGGUGGGGAGAUAAGAGAGGGGUUUUUGUGCCCCAUGUGUAUGAAAGAUCUAGGAACUGUAAGUCAGUUACAGUCCCACUUUGAGGAGGCACAUAGCACUGAGGACAAAGCAACUCUUAACCAACUCAGAGGCUUGUUUGACAGAGCAAAGAAAAAGUUUCUGGGUGAUAAAGAAGAUGAUUUGUCAGAUAGCAUAAAAGCUAGUAGUAGUGUUUCUAUUACACAGUCAACAAGUCUGUAUGAUGUAGAUUACUGGCAACCACAAGAUACAGGGAAGACACGUAGUUGGACUGAUUUUUUCCGAGGUAUACGAGAUGCGCGAGUGGACAAGUAUGUUGUAGAAACAAACAAGAUAUUGAUACGAUUAGACAAACUAAUCAGUUCCGACAUCCCAACUGAUUCUGGCAAAAGAAAAGCCUUUGAGAAGACAGUUGUUAUGUGGUUGCCAGAUAGUGAGGCAAAAAGUUGUAGAUAUUGUGGCCGAUCAUUUAACUUGACUCGACGUCGACAUCAUUGCAGACUUUGUGGAGGGAUCAUGUGUGACAGGUGCUCGCAUUUCCUUACACACGAUUAUGCAAAAAAAUUGACAAAUCCCUCUUUUAACUUUGAGGGAGGUCGUGAGGCAGGUUUUCUCAAGCGUUCAGGCAGCAAUUCAAGCUUGAAUUCCCUGUUCAGUAGCGAGGGUGACCCACAUAUACGUGCCUGCGAGGAAUGUAGAAAAUUACUAGAGAGGCGUGACCAACAGAUGGAACAGCGAAAUUCAAAGUCUACAAUUGUUUUAUUGUAUGAGAAAAUGAAAAUGUGUAUACAAGAGUGUGAAGUGAUGCUAGAAAAUUACUUGCCAAUGGUUGAAUCUCUAAGUUCAGGGGAGUCAACAUACAGUUUAAGCACUGCCCAAAGAAGACGACAAGAGUUAGUGAAAAAAUAUGAAAUCAUCGAUCAAAUAAGUAAAAGAAUUGCCUUACUAGAUUCCGACAAAGAGGAGGGGCUUUCUCCGAAAGAGGCUUUACUGCAGAAGUCGAUCCGCGUAUAUGCUUCCAAUUUUAUGCAGGAGAACAUGAUGGGAUUGCAAAACUUGCCAUCAGAGGAACAAUAUAAAAAAUUACAGCAGAAACACACAGCUGAAGUUCAGAGACAAAUUGCCAUAGAAAGGCAAGCUGUCCAACAGGCUCAAGCAGAAGAGAAAAAAAUGGCCGAAAAGGAAAAGCACGGAACUUCCAGUCGGGAUGACGAGCGACCUAGCGCGCAGAAACAUUCUAGAAAUAAAAGUGACGGUUGGAAACCUACGGAACAUAAUGUGAAAGGGACAGAUGAGGAUCCCAUGUUGCAGCAAAUGGAAAUUAUACGAGUUUAUAUUCAGCAGGCUAAACAAGCAAAGAAAUGGGACGAGGUGAAUAUGCUUGAACAAAAUCUUAAAGAUUUGCAGAAAGAAUAUUCUAGUCAACAAAAACAGACCUGGUCAUAGUGUUGAUUUUUUAAUUUCAUACAAAAAAGGCCAAGGGAAAGUGCUGGUUCUUUUACAUGUUCAUGAA